AUUGUUGUGUAAAAACCAUUUUGUGUGUCAUUGAAGUAAAGGAUAGUUUGGUUUGGUUUGUAAUAUCAGAUCAGUUUUGACGACAAUAAUGAAGACAACGAUCGCCCGAUUGAUCCAAUUCAAGAAUCCAGGUCAGGGACCACCACAAGUGGUUCCCGUGACGUAUUUGGCACAGAUAUCACAACAACCGUAUCGAUGGAUGUUUAAGACUGGAUGGUUCUUCAGAUACUUUAUAUACGCCAACAUUGUAUGUCUGCCUCUUUGGGUUUGGAUUGACCGUCAAGUGAAUAGUCCGGCGGCUGUGGCCGCGUGGGCGGCAAAGAAACAACAAGACAAACAUAAUGAACAUUUGCAACACAUGUGGGCCGACAUCACCGGUUGGAAGAAUAAAAAGGAUGAUUAAACACAUGAUAUUCUUGUAGUUUAUUGAUAUUAUAACUUAAUUAGUGAUUAAUUAAUAGAUUUAAUUGUCAAAUAAAUUUGUUUUAAUUGUAAUUAUUUUGUAUUCAAUUAUUGUAUGUUUUAUUCAGUCUUUAAUU